UUGGGAGGAGGAGGAGGGGCGAGGUGACGCAGGCGUAAUAAUAGAGAAGGUGCCAGAAAGAUCCAAAACAAGUGGCUGCGGCCGUCGCCCAGGAGUCCUCGGACGCCGAAAUCCGGCCCUGGUUCUGAGCUUGUUCCGCCCCCCUCCCCCGGGUAUGGCGCUGUCCGGGCCGACCCCGGCCCCAAGCUGGGAGGAGGAUGAGUGCCUGGACUACUACGGGAUGCUGUCGCUUCACCGUAUGUUCGAGGUGGUGGGCGGGCAGCUGACUGAGUGUGAACUGGAGCUGCUGGCCUUCCUGCUGGACGAGGCUCCCGGCGCCCCCGGCGGCCUGGGUGGCGCCCGCAGCGGCCUGGAAUUACUGCUGGAGCUGGAGCGCCGUGGGCAGUGCGACGAGAGCAACCUGCGGCUGCUGGGGCAACUCCUGCGCGUCCUAGCCCGCCACGAUUUGCUACCGCACCUGGCGCGCAAGCGGCGCCGGCCAGUGUCACCAGAACGCUAUAGCUAUGGCACCUCCAGCUCUUCUGCAAAGAGAACAGAGGGCAGCUGCCGUCGCCGCCGCCAGUCAAGCAGUUCUUCAAAUGCUCAGCAGGGUCAGUGGGAGACAGGUUCCCCACCCACCAAGCGGCAACGGCGGUGUCGGGGCCGGCCCAGUGGUGGCGCCAGACGGCGGCGUAGAGGGGCCCCAGCUGCCUCCCAGCAGCAGCAGGAACCGGCCAGGUCCCCAUCAGAAGGCAAAGUGACCUGUGAUAUCAGGCUCAGGGUGCGAGCAGAGUACUGCGAGCAUGGGCCCGCUUUGGAGCAGGGUGUGGCUUCUCGUCGGCCCCAGGCACUGGCCCGGCAGCUGGAUGUGUUUGGGCAGGCCACCGCGGUGCUGCGCUCCAGGGACCUGGGGUCUGUGGUAUGCGACAUCAAGUUCUCAGAGCUCUCCUAUCUGGACGCCUUCUGGGGCGACUACCUGAGUGGCGCCCUGCUCCAGGCCCUGCGGGGUGUGUUCCUGACUGAGGCCCUGCGUGAGGCUGUGGGCCGGGAGGCUGUCCGCCUGCUGGUCAGUGUGGACGAGGCAGACUAUGAGGCUGGUCGGCGCCGCCUGCUGCUGAUGGAGGAAGAGGGGAGCCGGCGCUCGAGUGAGGCCUCCUGAUCCUGGAU